AUGCACCACCUCCCCUCACCAUUCCUCUCACUGAGCACAUCCUUCCGCCGCUCACGAAACCGAAAAUCAAGCAGCGAGACUACAUCCUCUUCAACCUCAACCUCAACCUCAACCUCAACAUCGACAUCGACAACAAACUCACCACCCUCCUCCCCAACCUCAGUCCACACCUCGCCGCAACCAACUCAACACCAUCUCUUCAGCCUCUUCCCAUUCAACCCCUCCAAAACCCACAUCUCCCAUGCUCGGCAACCAGCUCGCAGACGCAGCCCCGGAAGCCCAGACCACAUCCGCCCAAACUCCAACGUCACUGUCCACGACCACAAUGCCGCAAGCGCGGCAUGCACAGUCCUCCGCGGCCGCUCAAUAGUCCUCCGCCACCGACUAUCGAAAAACGACAUGGCGUUGAGUGAGGAGCGGUUGCGUUGUGAUGAGGACUCGAUUGAGAGACAGGGGUUGGGUCUUAUGGAGCCGCGUCCGGUGGAUUUGGGCGGUGAAAUGCGGCCGAAUAUUGUCAUGGGUGGAAUCUUUGAGGUUAUGGAGGGGCGGGCUUAG